AUGGAAACGACGAUGCCUAGGCGGCCGCACCUCAAUCUGUUCAAUCCAGACCCUGUGAUAACCAAAAAAUCCAGCUUUAUGUUGUUUCCGCAGUUCCCGGUAGAGAUUCGUCUUUUGAUCUGGAAGCAUGCGUUACAUCGUCAUCGCAUGAUACAUAUUGUCCUUGAGAAGGGCGGGAAACAGCAGAGACACGAUGAUGAUGAAAGCAACGGUCUCCUCAACAGCCUGGGCCGUCGGGUGACUGGGUAUCACUACAAGGCCAUCAUCGAUACUCGACGACCCCUUUUACCCGAUAUCAUGAGAGUGAACAGGGAAGCACGAGACGCCGUGUUGUCAUUCUACUCUACGCAACUGCCAUGCCGCUUCAGACCAGACAAACAAAGCGAAAGAACAUCCGUCAUCCACUUGAACCUGGACUGGGACUACCUCCGAGUCUCCUACGGGAAAGCGCACAACAUCUUCUUCGACUUCAUCCACGACCUCCACGCUCACGACCCCAAAGGCCGCGGCCUCCAGCACCUAGUCAUAGAAGAACCCGACUAUCAGACAUCGGUCUACAACCCAUCGCCACCCAAGCGCACCUUCGCCGAAGGCCCCUCACUAGACGCCUUUCGAACCACCGCCGUAAAGGAUCUCAAAAGCCUCUGGUUCAAGUGCACGCCCCGCGGCGCCCGCGCCCUCAACGUGCUGGACUGGAGGCGCGUUCACGUCUUCAACUACGGCGUCCCCGUGUUCCCGAGCUUCACCUUCUUUGACGCACCGGUGCCGGAUCCAAGGGUCGGAAUCGCUCGGGAUUUGAAAAAAAUUGGUGUGAGCUUGCAUGAUCCGAGGGAGGGCCCGCUCGGCUGGCGUGUGCUUCUUCGUGACGCCGGUCUACGGCCUGAGGACAUGACGACCAGGGGCCAGGUCCGAGAUCUGGACGUCCGCAUUAUGUACGCCUCGAGCGAGGAGGAUGCCGUCCGCAACCGCGAGGAUGCGGCGAGGGUCCUUCAUGAAGAGGACUUUCGGUGGCUUGAGCUGCAGUGGUGGUUUCACGGGUGGGACACGCCUGCGGCCGGAGGACGUGGGGGCGGCAAUCGGCCUGCGGGGUGUUUCUCGACGGCAUCGGGGUUGCAGGCUAAGCGACCUGAGUUCGAUGGACCCGAGGUAUUGGCUGCGGCGCCCAGGCCGGCGCUCGGUUUUUGGUUGUUUCCCGUCGAGGCGUUUGGGGAGAUCCCAGGGGAGGAAGAGGAGGAGGAGGCGAGCAGCUGGUUGAAGGUGAAGUGGAUAUGGGACCUAAGUUCGCAUCGGCCUGAACUUGCGCUGGCGGACCUAUGUUGA